AUGACGUUCGUUCUCCGUUGCCUGCUAAGGGACAAACGCCCCUUGGAGGGCGAGCAAGACAAAACGAUGUCGUGGUACAGCAAGAUCCUGACCAACACCACCUCCCAAAUCAGCAGCCUCCAGAGCCGCCUCCUCGCGAGCGAAAACGACGGCGACACCGAAGACGACACCCAUGUGUGCCGCGUGCUAAGGCAAUACUACACCGAGCAAGGCCGGCCCUUCCCGCCCUGGCUGCCCCCCGACCCGAAAGCCCCGCCGCCCGCCGCCCCCGUCGCCUCGCAGCAGCAGCAACAACAACAACAACAACAACAACAAGUGGGAUCCCGCUACGGGGGUCUCACGCACCAGCAGAACCCGUCCGCCUCGCUCAGCUCUCUGUGGGACUCGAACCCGACCCAAGCACAACAACAGCAGCAAGGACCAUUGCCAGGUUCGCAGAGCCUGCGUCACGGCCGGGUUGCGGCGUCUCCGGCGUCGCGGCCGAGCCCCUUCGACCGGGCUAGCUCGGGGGGUGAUAUAUAUGGACGAGACACGGCUACGGCUACGGCGCCGCCGACGAACCCUUCGGGCAGCGGGUCGGCGCAGGAUAGGCUGAAGCAGCGGCUUUGGGGUUCGGGGUCGAGGACGACGAGCCCGGGGUCCGGGACGCAAGGUCCCUUUCAGCCACCUAGCUCUGGGUCUAGCGGGUAUGGCCCCGGGGGAGGAGGAGCGGCGGGCAGCGGUGGUGAUAGGCCUUACGUCGGGGCGAACGCGCCUUGGAGCACGGGGGGGCAUAGGGGAGGCGGUCUCCCUAGUGGACCGAAGAUGAGAUGAUGGUGGGCUGGGAAGCAAGCAAACAAGGAGCGUCUGUUGAAAUUAAAGCGAUCUCGCAGGAGUUUGAAUUUACGACCCCAUGGACAAAGGUUCCGGUCCCGUCGUUUGCCGUUGGGGGGGGGCGAGAAGGGGAAAACUCGUGGUUUCUUUUUUGGGGAGGCUGGUGCAUACCCACAUAACCCGCAGGACAUGAUAACGAAGCGAUGUCAAGACAUGUUAGACAGGUAAACGAAUGCCCUUUCCCGGAGAAGGCAAUAAAUCCCUCAAUGCCCUGUUAACCGUCUGGGCAACUUCUCAGUGCAACUAGCUCGGCGAGAGAGAUUGAUUAGGACCCAUAUAUGCCCUCGGCAUGAGUGAUGAAGAGAGUAUAGAGCGCCUAUACAUACACCUGGGGCCAGAAAUCAGAUCGAAACCAAAUCACUGACCAC